UUAAGGAAAAGAAAGAAGGGAGCCUCUUUGCAUUUCGGAGAAGUUGCAGAGGGAGAGAGAGAGGUGAAACGAUUUCGUUUUUGGUGAUAGAAAACAAAUGGCGGUUUCAUCAUGUUCAUUUACUCUUAGCCCUAGGGCUUUUAAUCCUUAUUCUUCAUUUGAGUGUCGUCCAGAUCCCGAUUUCUCCAGUGCGCCGAUCGGGGACAAGCCUCGUCUUGCCUCCAGCCGAAGGGUGACGGCUUCGUCGCUUUACGCCGGAGGUAUCAGUAGCCGAGGUUUGUCUUCUCUGAUCUUUCGUUUCCCGCCGAAUUUCGUGCGCCAGCUCAGCAUCAAGGCUCGCCGCAACUGUAGCAAUAUCGGUGUUGCGCAAAUCGUCGCUGCUUCGUGGUCGAAUGGUCCUGCUCCAGAUUCCCCCUUGGCGGCUGCUGCUUCUGCUCAGGCAGCGGCAGCCGCCGUCACCGCCACCGUCACUAAUGACGGGGCCGCUGUAGAAGGUUGUAUUGACAACGGUAGUGUACAGAUUGGAGGUUCAGAUAAUUCGACGACAACGUUUUUGAGCUCCGAUGGGAGCAUCACUGUUCAUGCUGGUGAAAGAUUAGGUCGCGGUAUUGUUACUGAUGCAAUAACCACCCCAGUGGUUAAUACUUCUGCAUACUUCUUUAAGAAAACUCAGGAGCUUAUUGACUUCAAGGAGAAACGCCAUCAAAGUUUUGAAUAUGGGCGUUAUGGAAAUCCAACUACAGUCGUUGCAGAGGAGAAGAUAAGCGCACUUGAGGGGGCUGAAUCGACCCUGACUAUGGCAUCUGGUAUGUGUGCUAGCACAGUCAUGCUGAUGACAUUAGUUCCUGCUGGGGGACAUAUGGUGACAACAACAGAUUGCUACCGGAAAACUAGGAUGUUCAUCGAGAACUUUCUGCCUAAAAUGGGAAUCUCGGUUACUGUUAUUGAUCCUGCAGAUGUGGAUGGCCUGGAGGCUGCACUCAACAAAAACAAAGUUUCUCUUUUCUUUACCGAGUCUCCAACAAAUCCUUUCCUGAGAUGUGUUGACAUAGAAAGAGUUUCAAAGCUGUGUCACAGCAAAGGAGCACUUGUCUGCAUUGAUGGUACCUUCGCUACACCUCUUAACCAGAAGGCCCUGGCCCUUGGUGCUGAUCUUGUUUUGCACUCUGCAACAAAAUUCAUUGGGGGGCACAAUGAUGUUCUUGCUGGUUGCAUAAGUGGUCCAGAGAAGUUGAUUACUGAAAUUCGUACUUUGCAUCAUAUUUUGGGUGGUACUCUCAACCCGAAUGCCGCUUACCUAAUCAUCAGAGGAAUGAAGACACUGCAUCUUCGUGUACAGCAACAGAACUCAACAGCAUUAAGGAUGGCCGAAGUUUUAGAGGCACAUCCUAGGGUGAGACGCGUCUAUUAUCCAGGCUUGCCAAGUCAUCCUGAACAUGAAAUUGCCAAGCAGCAAAUGACUGGCUUUGGUGGUGUGGUCAGUUUUGAGGUGGAUGGAGAUUUGAUGACCACCAAGAAGUUUGUUGAUGCAUUAAAGAUACCAUACAUUGCUCCAUCAUUUGGUGGCUGUGAGAGCAUAGUGGAUCAGCCUGCUAUAAUGUCCUAUUGGGAUCUUAGCCAAGCUGAGAGGCGCAAGUAUGGGAUUGAGGAUAACUUGGUUCGUUUCAGCUUCGGAGUGGAAGACUUCGAAGAUUUGAAGGCUGAUGUACUGCAGGCACUGGAGACCAUAUAAUGGCGCUAAUCCCCGUCGUUUGGCUUUAGGUUUAAAUGACCAACCUAGUUAUUUUGGUGUUUCAAUUGGUAUUUGAGCUGUUUUAAGUUCUGUGUCGUGUUUUGUUUUAGGUGGAUCAUUGACCCCCCAGUAAUAAUUCGGAACUUUCUUUGUAAUCCCAUCAAUGGGGGGAUUGAUUUUCAAUUUUUUUUAUGAAUGUUUAUCAGGGAAUUUGAGUUGGGGGCUUUGAAGGGCGUUGGAUAUUAAAUAAUAAAAGUUGAAUGAAUAUAAAGCUAUUAUGAAUA